AUGGUGGAGGCGAAGUUGGACCCGGCGCAAGUCCUCCGCCUGGGAGGUUGGUCCCAAGCUGGUAGAGAGCCGAUUGCCGGCGUCUGUCGAGCUAGGGUGCCCGUUGGUGAUAUCGACGCCAUGUGCCGGGACGAGAUGAGGGGUCACACAGCAACGUUGAGAAUGGUGUCUGGCGAUAGCACCGAGGAGGUCGGUCCUCCGCCAACCGUAAUAGACCUUCCCAUCAAGACGCACGGCGCAAGGGGGUGUAGGGCCAGGCACACGCAACCGUCGCCACCAUCACAGCAUAGUCGCGAAGACGUUGGCAUAUUCCCUGCGACCCAACGACACCAGUUCGGGGCUGCCCCUCGAGGCGUUGGGCCUGCCACCCGGCCGCUGGCUUCGCACGGGCGGCGAGGGGCACGAGAAGCUCCCCUCCUGCCUGGCACACCUCGCACAUCAAGCCACCGGUCACCCCGUGCUCGGCAUAAUACGUGA